AUGGGACAUUAUGGAGAAGAAGAGAAAAUUGAGAGGAAGGCCGGAAAGAAUCUCGGAGGAUUUAACAUGGAAGGAGAGGAAAAUCAAAUGGAAACUGGGAGAGAUAGCAAGAGGAGGAGAGGAAAAAGGCAGAAAGGCAUGGAUAAAAGGAGGGAGAAUAAGAAUAGAAGGGAAAUGGUAGAGAGACAUGGCUGGAAGAAAAACAAUGGGAAGGCAUUAAAGGAGUAUUACCAAAAGGUUAUACAUAUAUGGAGAACACAAUGGGCGAAGAGAAGAAACAAGAAAGGAAGGGCGAGCGGAGGAAUGGUAAUGGGAAUAAAGAAGGAAAUGCUAGAUAAAGAAAUAGGGAUAGAGACGGCCGAGGAGGAAGGUUUAAUGAGUGGAGGGGUUAGAAGGGGAAAGGAGAAGUGGAAAAUAAUAGGAGUAUACGUAAAUAAAAACAUAGAAGAGAUGUUAAAAAAGUUGGAGAGGUUGCUAGACAGGAAGGAGGAGGGAGUUAGAAUAUUGAUAGGGGGGGACUUUAACGCGAGAACAGGGAUGGAAGGAGGGAGAUUGAACGCAAUGGAAGAGCAAAGGUCAGGAGAGAGUAAAAGUAGGAACUCGAAAGAUAAGAAAAGGAACAAGGAAGGAAGGAGGCUGGUAGAGGAGGGAAAGGAAACGGUAAUAGAUUAUGUGAUAGGAGAUGAGGAGGCGAGGGAGAGGAUUAGAAGCAUGAGAAUAGGGGAGAAAAUAGACUCGGAUCACCAUCCACUGGAGGUAUGGAUAGAGGGGGAAGAACAAGGAAAGGAAAGAGGAAGGAAAAGACAAGAAACAAGAAAGGUAAAAUGGGACAGGAAGGGACAGGAAGAGUUUAAAGAAAGAGUGAAACUGGACAGGGAGGAAGGAAAAGGGCUAGAGGAAGAAUGGAAGGAAGUAAAAGGAAAAUUAAUAAAAGCACUAAAAGAGGUGGAAAGAAUUCAAAAGGAAGAAGGGAAGAAAGAAGGAGGAUGGUGGGAUGAAGAAUGCAAAGAGAGAAAAAUGGAGAAAAGGAAGGAAGAAACAGAUAGAUGGGAGAAAGAGGCAGAACAGGUAAAGAAAGAGAGUGAGGUAUGGAAAAUAGUCAAUAGAGGAAGAAAGAGAAGAAUAGGUAUAAACGAGGAAAUAGAAGAAGAGGAUUGGAAAGAACACUUUAUGAGGCUACUAGGAGGAGUAGACAACAGAAUAACGGAGGGGGAGGGGGGAAAAAGGAAGGAUAACGAAGAGGAGAUAAGCAAGGAGGAAAUUAAAGAGGCGAUAAAUAGAAUUAAAAAAGGGAAAGCAAUAGGAAUUGAUGGAAUACCAGGCGAAGCAUGGAUGUACGCAGGAGAAGAGACGACGGAGUGGGUAUGGAGUUAUUGCAACAGAGUAUGGAAAGGAGAGGGAUGGCCGGAGGAAUGGAAGGAGGGAGUAAUUGUGCCAAUAGUAAAAAAAGGAGGAGGAAAAAAG